AUUAAGAAAGAUUUCCUAAGAGCUGUUAAUGGAUUUGAGGUUGUGUGAAAAAAAAAAAUCAUCCGCGUUGUUGCUUGGCGAAGCAAUGCGGGCGUUGUUGUGAUUUCUGACAGAAAUAAACCAAAGCAGCCCAACUGGAGUCCCGAAGCAGGGACGGAAAGAACCUCCCGGUAGACCCUCGUUUGUUAUUGGUCGCUGAUCGGAUUUCGCAGUGGGUUUUUUUCCCCCCUCCAUUCGCCCCACUGUGAUAUAUGCCAUUAAAACGCCCACAAGCAUAAACCCGCGUCGGAAUCGAGCUCGAGGUUUGCACCGCCGCAGCAUUUCUGUCGGUGGAAAAAACGACGGGAUGCUGAAAUUUGCACAAGCAUGAAAAUCCAUUCACCGUGGCCCAUUAACCGAAUGUGCGGUGUUGCCUAAAUGCCUAGAAUUUGCAUUUAAUGGAGAUUUGUUAAUCAAGUACACUUCACGACGGCAUCAAAACACUAACUGACACAGUAAACGUUGCAUUAUCAAGCCGAAGUGCCCUCUGUCUGCCUCUCUCGGUGUCAUACUGCAGCAGUAGCCAUUAUCGUCUACAUUGGGUUUUUUAAUCAGGGUUACCAGUCAAAUGUUGUUUUACUAAUACAGUCGAUUCAGUAAUUCCGCAUUAAAACCUCAACGUAGAAAGGGGGAAGCACCGCUUUCCACACUGCUGUAUGUCAAGCUGUGAAAGGACUGAGGGAAGGAGACGACUGCUGUUAACGCUUUUAUCAAUUGUUUUUCAUGGAGUUGAUGGGGUCAGCGUGGGGAAGCAGAUCAGAACAUAGAAAACUUCGAUCACCAUCAUGCACGUGUCUAACUACCAGAAGAUUUGUGUCAUUUGAAAAGACUUGAGGAAAAAAAGAGACUCAGAGGAAUACAAGAACUCAGUCAGCAGACAGAAAAGAUAAUAACCCAGUCCUUAGAUAUGGCCAGCAUUCAGACCAGUUUGAAAACCCCUUUCAAAGACUUGCCCUCAUUCAAGGGCAACAUGAAACGGCUGUACAGAGAGCGACUGGAAGAUGCGCCCAUCAAGAAGCGAGUGAUUGCUGAGAUCAACCUGAAACGUCGUAACCUGGAGUCUUCCCCCAAAACUCCCAAGGUGAAGAGGGAGCAUAUUGAGGAUCUGUGCCACGACUCUGACAUGGAUGUGGAGGGCCGGGCUGAACUGCACGUGGUGGGCUCUGCUAAAGCCCUGGACCUGAGCCCUGGGCUGAAACACACACUGGCCCAGUUCACCCUCAGCAGCCAGAGCUCCCUUGGGGGCCCAGCUGCUUUCUCUGCCCGUACCGGCCACGAGCCUUCCCAGGGCGGCAUGCCCCCCCUGCCUUCCCCUCCUGUUCUGGGUGGGGGCCCUCUACUGGUUCCCUGUGACAGCUCCACUGAACUCACCCACUCACUGCUGGAGGGAGAGUCUAUCUCCUGCUUUGUCGUUGGUGGAGAGAAGCGGCUUUGCCUUCCCCAGGUGCUCAACUCUGUGCUCCGCGACUUCUCGCUGCAGCAGAUCAAUACUGUGUGUGAUGAGCUCUACGUCUACUGCUCACGUUGCGAUGCUGAGCAGCUGCACAUCCUCAAGGUGCUGGGCAUUCUGCCGUUCAACGCACCUUCCUGUGGCCUCAUUACACUGACGGAUGCACAGCGGUUGUGCAACGCUCUCCUGCGUCCUGGGGCAGCCUUGCCUGCUGACCCCAGCGGUAAGCUGUCAACUCAGGGCUUGCUGAAGGAGAGCGAGACCAGUUUCCAGGUGGAGCAUCAGUGUCUGGGGAAGUGCCAGGGUCUCUUUGUGCCCCAGUUCUACACCCAACCUGAGGCGCCCUGCAUCCAGUGUGUUGAGUGCCAGUUGCUCUUUUCACCACAGAAGUUUGUCAUGCAUUCACACAAGUCACCUGAUAAGAGGACCUGCCACUGGGGCUUCGACUCAGCCAAGUGGCCCUGCUACCUGCAGCUUGCCAGGAAGUACCAAGGCACGCCUGAGGAGCCAAGGCUCAAGCAGCUCCUGGACGAGGUCAAAGAGAAGUUCCACUACAAGCUCAAGAGGUCACUAGACAAAAAGGCAGUGGAGGAGGAGGAGAACCAGGUGAGGAAAUCCUCAGCAGAUCUCUGCUCCCCCAAGAGCAAGUUGGCCGACGCAGACCCUGCGAGAAAGGGGAAAACAUCACCACCCACUCUGGCGUUCAACCGUCUUUUCUCGGACAUCAAGGAGGAGCCAGGACACCCCACCCUGGUCCAUCCCAGUUACUACCUGUACACAUACGAUAAAAUGGUGGCUCCCAAUGUGUCUCUGCGUAGGGAGGCGGAGAUGAGCCCCGAGAUGUUCGGAGCGCUGCUCAAACACCACUACGGCCGCAGAGUGCUGGGCCACGACGAGCCACCCAUGGAUCUUCAUGCGUCGCCUCCCAUCUCUGCUGGCGCCGAGGAGGCCAAGUCCCAACGUGCCGAUGCUGCCUCGGCCACCGAGCGGGAUUGCCAAGCCCAGGCAGUUUCCAUGGAGACAAGCAGCCUGAGCUGCAAGAAAGCCACCCGCAACCCCACCCACACCCCUCCUCCUCCACCUGCGUCGUUGCUGUCGCCGGUAACGGAAGUAGUGGCUAAGGACAUGAGCUCUGCCACGAGCGGCGCUGCAGUGGUGGUGGGGGGGCUGGAGGACGACAAGGACAGGAUUGUUGUGGAGAUCAUGCAGAUGUACAGCAGGCAGCAGGAAAAGCUGAACUCCACCCUGCACAAGCAGCUGCAGCUCGAAAUGGAGUUGGAGGCGUUGCGUGGGGGCGAGGCGGCGAGGCUACGAGAGCUGAGCGCCGAGCAACGGGAGCUGCGCUGUGAGCUGGAAGCGGUGCACAGUGAGCAGGCGCGGCAGCUCAGCCAGGCCCGCCAGGAGCAACUGGAGCUGGAGACCCGUCUGGAUCAGCUCCGACAGCAAGCCUGUGCCUGCGAGCCGGGCGCACAACGCCAGCAAGAAGCCCACUACACUGAACAGUUGUCGGAGCUGCGUCAGAGGCUGGAGCAGGCGGAAGCCGACCGGCAGGAGCUGCAGGAGGAGCUGCGCAGGGAGCGGGAGGCGAGGGAAAAGCUGGAACGUACAAUCACCCAGCUCAGGCAGCAGAUGGCCCAGUCUGGCACGGUGGGAGGCAGCCCCUCUCCUCCUCCUACCCCUUCCACCGGACCCCCUAAUGCCCAGUCCCCGCCCUCCUCCUCCUCUUCCUCUUUCUCAGAGGCCCCCGCGGCUGGCCAAAAGUAACUGCCACCCUUCCAGGCGCCCCCCUCCCUCCUUCAUUUCUCUCCCAGUCACCCGCCAAACUCUACAGACACAAACAAUUCAGCCUGAAGCAGAAAGGAGCUUCACAUCACCUCAGGCUGUUGUUUUUUUUUUAAGUUGUGCAUCUCACCCCUCCACAUUUAUUUCAGUAAAGAACUGACUUUUGUUUUUGUAAUUUAACAUCAUUUAAAAGAAAAAAAAAUGUUCUUUUUUAUUAUUAUUUCUUUUGCUUUCCUCUCCUCUCUUUAAACAGUAUUUAAAGAUUUUUUUGGGGGGGGAGGGGGGCAUGUAUGUUUGGAUUUAAUUUAUAAUUUUUACUGAACAAACAGCUGCUUCACAGAUAGGAGUUUGGUCAUGUAGAGACCAACUCAAUUUAUCAAUAUUUUGUUUUCUCCCUCACGGUCGUCACCCUCCUCUCUCACCCCUCCUUGCUCUCUGGAUUCUGGAGCUAAUGACUUGGAGAUUUCAGACUUCAGCUCAGACACACAGACUUGUCUAAGCUCUUCACGGCCAUCACUUCAUGCUGCUACCUGGCAUGGUGACUGGUUCCCAUGGACACAAAAUGGCGCCUGGUUGCGUGCCCCUUCUCUAUCAUCCCGAACACUCAAGUACCAGCGACUGCAGGAAACUGCAUGGACAUUUCAACACAGUUUUCUUUUUUUUUUUUUCUUUUUUUCCUCUUCUUAUGAAACACAGAAAGAAAAGUGUAUUAGCUUCUGGAAAACAUCAAAUCUCUAUGGAGAAGAAAGACCUUUACUGUACAAAAAAAAACAAAAAAAACAAAAAAAACACAAAACAAAACAGAUGUCAUAAAACCUCAUGAAAAAAUGCCAAUAGUGACGCUGAACUUUAAAUGAGUGUUUUGAGUGUGAUGAGGUAGUUAGCAAAUCAUCUGGUCUGGACCCCCAGCUGCUCCUAACACAGGCUAGUUCUCCUCCUCAGUCUGCUGGGCAGCACCUGGACUCUUCUGUUGUACACCAAACAGUCUGUUGGUUGAUUCACCAGCUGCCCGGUGUGUGUGUCGCGUCCCCGUCCUGUCCCAUCCCGUCCCACCCGCCAGGUUUUCAGACUAGGGAAGAAGAAGCUCAUGAGCAGUGUUAUGCACUUAACGCGAUCUCCUACCCUGAAUCGCCUGGGAAAGGAAUGUGUCUGGACACGGGGGGCUGGUUGAGACGGUGUAGCUUUUCUAAGAAAGAAGAAAGGCCAGCGUGUCACAUGUACGGUAGCUGUACUGUGUUCGGACAUUGUUGCAUGCCCAUACACACUCGAGUGUGUCAGUGCAGUCCAGGCAUUCAGCCAGAACAAUGGCCCCGGCGUUCCCAGCAGAUGAUCAAAGCUCCAGUCUGUCCCUGUUUUCUGGGCUUCUUUUUCUUUUUUGUAUCAUUUGACUUCAUUGUUAGCGGACGAUUUUAUCCCCACCCUGUUUGUCAGGCGUCAUCUAAGAAACUGGGUCGCAGGUGAAAGCAGUUAGAGCAUGGUGGUUUGGGCCUCAGGUCUGGCCCCUGCUUUACGUUAUUCUGCCUGACUGAACAAACAGCACCAGGCAGGAAGAGGAAGAGAGGGCAGGCGAGGAUUGAGGGGAACACUCGGGGGACUGGUGCAAUCUUCCCCUCGGCAGGCUGGGUGGCCCAGACGCCGGAGGUGCAGAGGGAACCCCUUUUUGUUUCGUGCCAUCAGAAUGGGGGCAGCUGUUGUUGUCUGGGGGCCCCUCUACUGUGAGACUGUACAGGAUCCCCCCUCCGCCCCAAAUCUCUCAUCCCUCCCUCCCUCCCUCUUCCACAAAACGACCGUCACUCACUCACACAUACCCGUCCAUCCAUCUCCAGCGCCAGAUCAGCUGGGGGUGUGCAGUGUUUUGUAGAUGCCCAGGAGAGCGAGCAGACAUCCAGCCAGAGGAAGAGAGGACUUUUAUUGUGUCAGUUGCCAGGCAAAAGCGCUUUUUAUUGCCACUAAGGAGAUCCUGUAAGCGAGUGUGCGCGUGUGUAAAUAAUUGUUUAAAAAGAGAAGGGGAUCGGCCUCAGCUAAGCUCUGAGCUUUUUUUUUUUUAUGCAUCUGCUAUAAAUGCAAAUUGAUAGACAUUCCACUGUGCUCCUUCCUGUUCAAUGCAGACUUUCGUACACAACUUCCCUUUACAAUAAGAGACCUUAUAAAGCCGGGCAGAGUACAGUUGUGGUUUGUUUAUAGUCACAAAAGCAGGUGCAAGCCAGUAAAAUGAAACCCAUGUCGCAAAUGUACACUCUACUAUUGUUCCAUUUAAACUUUUAUUGAAAUUAUGAAAGAAAAUAUGUAACGUAUUAACUAAAGAUUUAUAUUCACUUUGUAAAUACAGUAGUAAUUAAUAUAUUAACUGUUCUUAUAUGAAUAAAUAUUCAAAAGGUUAUAUAAUUUGGACCAGAACUAAGGCUUCAGGCGUUUUUGCUUUCUUUUGUUUAAAAAAAGUGAUCAGACCUUGACUUUUGUCUGGUGGAUGUGGGGAAGUGGAAAGCGUGGUUUACUGAGACAUGAUGCAGGACAAAGGCAAAAUAGGAAAAUAACACAUUACACCCCCUCCCCCCCGUGCCGAUGCUUUUUAAAAUUGUUUUGUUUUAGAUGUCAUCUUGACAGCCAGCUUAAUGUGUAGUAUGAUGAGCUUUUCCCACUUUGUUAAAUCUCCUUCCUUGAGCUCAACUGAAAACUAAACAUUUGUUGACGCAAAUGCAUUUUGGGGGGAAAAAAAUGAAAAAUGACCUUUUUUUGCAUGUUUCGCUGCCCCUUAUGUUUUGUGUCACCAUGUCGCUCUUUCAACCUGUUCACUGUUAGAAAAAGUUUCUCCCCCCUCACGUAACACACAAACUAUUGAAAUGGCUCAUAUGCAUGAACAUUGAACAUGUGCAAGUUUUAUAUCAUUACUGGUUUAGAGGUUGGCUAAUUAUAAAGUCAGAUUAUGAAGAACAUAAAAUGUAGCCAAAUUUGAUUUGGAAAUGAUGUGAGUGUGUGUGUUUGUGAGAGAGAGUGUGUGUGUGUGUGUUUGUUUGUUGGCCUCCCAUGUCUGACUUAAAGCACAGCAGCUUUGAAAAGGGAAAGAGUUAACUUGCUCAUGUACCUCUGGAUGUUGUUAUUUUUUCUGAUUCUGAUCAUAUAUCCUUAUGUGGAUGUAUUAGCAUCACUCAAAAGAUAAUCAGUAUUAGUUUUUAUUGACUUAUUUACCUCUUAGGCAGAGCAAAAUUAAAAAAAAACAAAAAAAAUCAUUUCAAUACAUUAGCGGAUAACUAACUUAUCUCUGUAAUUUUACUUUUUGCGUAAUUUGCAUUUUAUACACAAGGGGGCGUUGUUUAGCUAAUUGUACACCAUAAUGAAAAAAAAACUAUAUUUAAGUGAAAGGGGAGGAAAACUUCCCCUCUAACACGGUGUGCUGGGCCUUUUUGCAUUUUGCAGUGUUAUGAGAACUUGGAUAUGCUUUGUACAGAAAUUUUUACAGGUGUGAAGUCUGCCCAACUGAUAUUAACAAGGUGAAAGGGGCAUAGCGUUACCAUGUGAACGCAUUUGAAUGCAGGAUUUACAUAUUUGUUGCCUCCUGGCUAUGUGAAAAAAACAAGUAAACAAAGCCAAGGUGACCUUGGAGCUGUUUGCAGGUGGUUUGCUUUGUAGAUGAACUUUCAGCCAGUAAUUAUUCUAUGCCAGUGUGUGAGAUGUAGGAAGUAGGGCCACAUUGGUGAUUGAUCGUGCAGAUCACCAGGGACUAAGAGGUACACCAUGGUUUUAUUUAUACACAUCCUAUUAUAGAUGAAAAAAAAAUCAUGGCUUGGCUAAAGAGAACCCUUUUCCCCCCUCAAUGCUGUUCUGAAACAUGAAACACAGUGUCUGUGUAUGACCAUUGCAUACUACGUUGCCAAUACUACAGUGUGAUGAGACUUUUGUUCUUGCAUGAAUCGAGACACUGUUCUCCUACCUCAUGUUGUGAUAUAAAAAGAUGUUUUUUAAGCAGAAGACACUGCAUCUCUAACUGUUUAUCAUUGAUAUUUACUAGUAAAUUACAUACCUGUAAAUGCUUUUAGCUAAUACCUCAGUUGUAUCUAGUGUUUGUUUUUUUUCUGUUUUUGCCCUUCCCUGAUUUCGGAUCUUGUAAAUAUACCCUGUAUAGGCAAUGAACUUGGAUCAAAUUCAAGUAAAGUUCUGUAGUGUCAAAGCA